CAAUUCAUUUGGGCUAAUCAAUAUCGAGAUCAUUAGAAACAUUUAGGGAAAAUCAACAUCUAAUUAGACUGAGCAAAGGACAAUUGGAUUAUUAACAAUAAUUUUUGAAUCGUUUUACAACACAAUGGAACUGCAUCAACGACAUCUCUCCAACUUUUACAAAUUGCACAAAUAAAUGUUUAAACGCCAAACGCAAACGCAGCAAGAAACACAAAACUGCAACGCAAAAGACUUAGAAGUGAAGCCAAUCGAACGGAGUAACUUUAGGGAAAAGCCAGAAAAAUGCCGAACAUGUCGAGCAUAAAGACGGAGCAGAACUCGUCUAGCAAUUAUCAGCUGCCGGUUAAUAUGUCCACGACGACAUCGAUGGGUGCUUCUUCGCCGGGAGGUGGUGGUGCAAACACAGCUACAUCAGCAUCGGCAGCAAUAACAACGACGUCCACAACCACCAAUAACGGGUCGCGUCACAAUGUUUCGGUGACGAAUAUCAAAUGCGAACUGGAUGAGCUGCCCACGCCAAAUGGUAAUCUGGUGCCAGUUAUAGCCAACUAUAAUGGCGGUUUGGGAGUGGGCGCGGGUCCGCCCAACAACCAUGGCAGUCUGCGCAUUCCAUUAAGCGGCAAGGCGGAAGAUUCCGACUCCGAGGCGGAGCUGACAAACAUUGAGAACUUGAAGGUGCGCCGACGCGCGGCCGAUAAGAAUGGACCCCGUCCCAUGUCCUGGGAGGGGGAGCUCAGUGAGACGGAAACCAACGGGGAAGAAAUGAUGGAAACCGAUGCGCUAAGCAAUGGGCUGGCGAUUAUUAAGAGUGAGGCGACCACAACCACACCCACAGCAGGCACGGCCACUAUAAUGGGUGGUGGUGGUGGUGCAGGUUGUGGUGGCAUGCUGCAGCCCAUCAAAACAGAGCUGGAACAUAUAGCGGGAGAGCUGCAACAGGCGAAAAUGUAUGGGGCUAAGCCGAAGCUGGCGCCCACACAAAGCGAUCCCAUCAAUCUCAAAUACGAGCCCACGCUGGCUGGCAGUGGAUGCAGUGCGGCCACCCUGGGGGAUAACUCACCGCUGUUAACCACACGCCAGAAGUCUAAUAGCGGUGGCCAUUUGCCGCUGCCCGCCAAUCCCAGUCCCGACUCUGCCAUACAUUCCGUCUAUACGCACAGUUCGCCAUCGCAAUCGCCCCUGACGUCCCGCCAUGCCCCCUACACGCCCUCCCUGAGUCGCAACAACAGCGAUGCCUCGCAUAGUUCAUGCUACAGCUACAGCUCCGAGUUCAGUCCAACGCACUCGCCCAUUCAGGCGCGUCAUGCGGCACCGGGCGGUGCCAUCUUUCCGGGUGCCGCCAACUACGCCAAUGGUGGACUGCACCAUCACAGUGUGAUUUACCGGCCGUUGAAUGUGGACGCAGGCGUUGGUGGUCAGGAGGCGCAAAAUCUCAGCAUGGAUGCGAGCAGCUGCACGCCCACUUCGGUGGCCGGGGGCGGUUCCGGCGGUGCCUUCGACGCAGCCAACUUGCCGGCUUCCCCCGCCGGCAUUUCACGGCAACAGCUCAUCAACUCACCCUGCCCCAUAUGUGGUGAUAAAAUCUCUGGCUUCCACUACGGCAUCUUCUCGUGCGAGUCCUGCAAGGGUUUCUUCAAGCGCACCGUCCAGAAUCGCAAGAACUAUGUCUGUGUGCGUGGUGGCCCCUGCCAGGUGAGCAUCUCGACCCGCAAAAAGUGUCCGGCCUGUCGCUUCGAGAAGUGUCUGCAGAAGGGCAUGAAGUUGGAGGCCAUACGUGAGGAUCGCACGCGUGGUGGGCGCUCCACCUAUCAAUGCUCCUACACGCUGCCUAAUUCCAUGCUCAGUCCCCUCCUAAGUCCCGACCAAGCGGCGGCUGCGGCAGCUGCUGCCUCUGCCGCAGCAGCCGCGAGUGUUCAGCAACAACAACAGCAGCAACAGCAUCAACGACUGCACCAGCCACACCAAGCACCACACGGACUUAAUGGUUUUGCCACCGGAGGUUCCACAUCGCUACCCGCCAGCCCCAGCUUGGGAGUGGCCAUCAAAACGGAGCAAACGGAGGCUCCCGGUUCGACGACGCCACGAGCGACCAGCAUACCGCAAUUGUUGCAGGAAAUAAUGGAUGUUGAACAUCUUUGGCAAUACACUGAAGCGGAACUGGCGCGUAUCAAUCAGCCGCUCUCCUCAUUUGCCUCCGGCUCAUCAUCAUCAACAGCAUCGUCGCCAUCAGCGGCUGCUAAUGGCGGGUCGUCCAAUCAAGUCCCAACGCCAACACACACUGCCAAUGCACAACAAAUGACCAAUCCACUGCUGGCCAGUGCUGGUCUCUCACAGAAUGGCGAGAACGCCAAUCCCGAUCUGAUUGCUCAUCUCUGUAAUGUCGCCGAUCAUCGUCUAUAUAAGAUUGUCAAGUGGUGCAAGAGUUUGCCACUCUUCAAGAAUAUAUCGAUCGAUGAUCAAAUCUGCUUGCUCAUUAACUCAUGGUGUGAGCUGCUGCUGUUCUCCUGCUGUUUUCGUUCCAUUGACACGCCCGGCGAGAUUAAAAUGUCCCAAGGCAAGAAGAUAACGCUGGCACAGGCAAAAUCAAAUGGUUUGCAGGCCUGCAUCGAACGGAUGCUGAAUCUGACAGAUCAUUUGAGACGUUUGCGUGUUGAUCGCUACGAAUAUGUUGCCAUGAAGGUCAUAGUGCUGCUGCAAUCCGAUACAUCGGAGCUGCACGAGCCCGUGAAGGUGCGUGAGUGCCAGGAGAAGGCCUUGCAGAGCUUACAGGCCUACACAUUGGCGCAUUAUCCCGAUACACCGUCCAAAUUUGGGGAGCUGUUGCUACGCAUACCCGAUCUGCAGCGCACGUGUCAGCUGGGCAGAGAGAUGCUGACCAUUAAGACACGCGAUGGCGCUGAUUUUAAUUUGUUGAUGGAACUGUUGCGCGGAGAGCAUUGACAAAUGCUGACAGCUAUGAAACGCCGCCGUGCCACGGGCUAAGGCAAAUGGUGUCAAGUUUUAUACUAUUUAGUAUUUUAUAUAUGCGUAUAUGUAGCAUUAAGCUUUUAGUUGUUUAAGCUCUGAAAACAUGUGCCUAAAAUGAACUAAAGCAGCAACAGCAGCAGCAGCAACAACAACAAAACCAACAACAUACAUAGGUAGUAGCAACACAAGAAAAACAAGAACAGAGCAACAAAUAUAAAAACAACUGAUAGCUGUUAAAUGAUGAUUGCCAAAUUUUUGAGACAUUUUGCUGAGAUGCUGGCAUUGGUGUGGUUGUUGUUGUUGUUAUUAUUGCUGUUGUUGGCUUGUUUAGUUUAGUAUAUAAAGAUUUUGCUAUAUACAUAACUAUAUACAUAUGAAUUAUGUAUAGUAACUAAAGCACACGUGGAAAAUGAAAAGACUAAGAAUUAUAUUUAAAUUUAUUAUUAAAAUGGAAAAAACAAAUCAAACUACAAUUACAUGUAUAUGUAAAUUUAGUUAAAACAAAAGAUACAUACAUGAUCGACGCAGUUUCUGAGAGUUUAUGCAAAACUAUUUUUGAAAUAAACGAGCUGCUAGAAUUCUUUAUACAUACAUACAUGCAUACAUAUAAACUAUACAUAUAGAUAUAAAGAAAACAAACAAUUUUUAAAUGUUGUAGCAUUUAGUUUUAGUGCAAUUUCACAGAAACACACACACACACCCACACACCCACACAUGAUUACUUAUAAAUCUACUUAAGAAACGCUAUCGCAAAACUACAGAAAAGUAAUGAAAAGACCACUCGAAAAUCGUUGCCUGCUUGCAGGCUCCAUAACUAUUCCAGUGAUGCAGCUAAUUGUUGCAUAUAAAAACAAAAACACACAAACUACAUAAAUACAAUUUAUAUAACUUUUUGUUUUUUGGCAUUAUCACCACAACUGCAUAUACAUAGU